UUAAAAAAUUGGAGUAUUACUCAAAUAUAUAACAAGACUUAUUUAGAUGAUUUAUAGAGUUCCUGAAGACUGUUUUUGCAACAAAUGAUUAUCUUUGCAAUCAAAAAAAUUAAGAAGUUCAAUGACAUGGCAUGAAUUGGAUUGCAGGUUUUGGCAUUUUAAAUCUAUUAUUAUUAGUAUUAUUUUAAUUUUUUUUUCUUUUUAUUUUGACAAAAAACACACAUUUUUAUUUACACCCGAACUUGAACCCUAUGUCUUUGGUGUAUUUUAGAUAUAAAUUCUCAAUACACAAAUGAUUUAUGCACAAUGCAUGAUUGCACAAUAUUGCAGCAUGCAGAGAUGAUAUGCUAAAUUUUUAUUUAUUGGUGUAAUUUUAUGUUAGCACAUAGAGAUGAUAUGCUAAAUUUUAAUUUUUAUUUAUUGGUGUAAUUUUAUGUUAGCACAUAGAGAUUGUAUGCCAAUUUUUAUUUAUUGGUGUAUUUUUAUGCAUGGUCUAUUUUCGUGUGGCCUUGCCUGGACCUGGUCUUUUUUUGACUUGGAAAAAAAAGAAAAGAAAAAACACGAACGUUAGAUACAUGUAUACACCAUCAAGGGACAUUAGUAAAACUUUUGUCGUAUUUUGAAUCUUAGAGAAAUAUAUGGGAACGUGGGUGCUUUAGUGGGCAGUACCAGUAACCGUAUUAACCGCCACUUUCAAAUCAAAAAGAUAAUUUAACAAUUAAUAAAACAAAAAUAAAAUCUGAACACAAAUUCAAAUUAAAAACAUUUCUCAUGCCAUGACUUCCAAAGGUUCAGAAACAAGCAACAAAACAAUCUCAUUUGGGUUUUGAUUAUAUAUAUAUAUGUAUAGGUAUAUGUAUAUCAUGGAAAGAGGCAGAGACGAACAAGUGAUCAAAAAGGGACCAUGGACUGCUGAAGAAGAUGAAGUACUCAUAAACUUUGUGAAGAAGAAUGGUCCCAGAGACUGGAGCUCCAUUCGAUCCAACGGACUCUUGCCGAGGACCGGAAAGUCUUGCCGUCUCCGAUGGGUCAACAAGCUCAGACCCAACUUGAAAAUUGGGUGCAAAUUUUCGGCGGAGGAGGAGAGAGUGGUGAUAGAUUUGCAGGGAAAGUUUGGGAACAAAUGGGCGGCGAUAGCUUCGUAUUUGCCGGGAAGGACAGAUAAUGAUGUGAAGAAUUUUUGGAGUACAAGGCAGAAGAGGCUGGCAAGAAUUUUGAAGUCACAUUCACAACAGAGCAAGUCACAGAGAAACAAAGGAAAAGCCAUUGCUGUUGAUGAAAUGCCUACUUUGCAGGUAAUAGUCCCCAACUAUGCCACUCCAAUGAAAGAAGACUCUUCUUCACAUUGUCAAUCAUGUUCCUCUUCUAACAUGGGCAACCCUGAACCGAUCAAAAUGGUGCCAUUACCUGAUUUGUUCAACCCUAACUUGCCCAACAUAACCACAACCCUGCCCAUACUUGACAUCACAGACACUGAUCAUAACAAACCUUCAAUUGAGACCACUCUCCAAUUCCCAUUCACCCAACUCCCACAGCCAAGGCUAGACCUCCCGCUCCUGCCAGAAGGCCAGCAUGACUUUGUUGAGGGACUCUGUGAGCCCAACAACUUCCUCUUAGAUGUGUUUAUGCAGAGAGAGCUCGAGAUUGUGGCACAGCCCGGCUUUGUUUCGCCCCUUGUUGAUUUGGAUGGCGAUGUGGAGAAGGAAGAAGGAAGAGGCGAGAACGAUAAACUUGCUACCCCGGAUAGCUUCUUUGAUGAUUUCCCAGCUGACAUGUUUGAUUACAUUGAACCAAUUCCAAGCUCAUCAGCACUGUGAAUUGUUGUUGGCCACAAGUCUGAUGUAUGUCUUUUGAAAAAGGAAAUUGCUUAUGUUUUGUUUG